CGGGGUCGGGGCCUCGAUCCGCAGGACAGGAGGCCCGGCCCGGGCUGGUGCUUCUCGGCCGCUCUGGUGCUGCCGGAUGAACCGCGAUGGGGGAAUGGACCAUCCUAGAGAGACUCCUCGAAGCCGCUGUCCAGCAGCACUCCACUAUGAUAGGGAGGAUUCUGCUGACCGUGGUGGUGAUCUUCAGGAUUCUUAUUGUGGCGAUUGUAGGUGAAACCGUGUAUGAUGAUGAGCAGACUAUGUUUGUGUGCAACACCUUGCAGCCAGGCUGCAACCAGGCAUGUUAUGACCAAGCAUUUCCUAUUUCUCACAUUAGAUACUGGGUAUUUCAGAUCAUCAUGGUGUGCACUCCUAGCCUCUGUUUUAUAACAUACUCAGUUCAUCAGUCUGCCAAGCAGAGGGAAAUGAGGUAUUCCACUGUUUUCCUCACCCUGGAUCGAGAUCAGGACUCCGUGAAGCAGGAUGACAGUAAGAAAAUCAAGAACACCAUUGUCAAUGGGGUGCUGCAAAACACUGAAAACUCUACCAAGGAGGCAGAACCUGAUUGCUUGGAAGUGAAGGAAAUUCCCAAUCCAGCCAUAAGAACCUCAAAGUCAAAGAUGAGGCGCCAAGAAGGCAUCUCUAGAUUUUAUAUCAUUCAGGUGGUCUUCAGAAAUGCCCUGGAGAUUGGGUUUCUAGUUGGACAAUAUUUUCUGUAUGGAUUCAAUGUCCCUUCCAUGUAUGAAUGUGACAGGUAUCCUUGCAUUAAGGAAGUGGAGUGCUAUGUCUCCAGGCCCACUGAGAAGACAGUUUUCUUGGUCUUCAUGUUUGCUGUGAGUGGCAUUUGUGUGGUGCUCAACUUAGCUGAACUGAACCACUUAGGCUGGAGAAAGAUCAAAAUGGCUGUGAGGGGAGCGCAAGCAAAACGGAAAUCGAUAUAUGAAAUCAGGAACAAGGACCUGCCACGCAUGAGUGUGCCUAACUUUGGCAGGACUCAGUCUAGUGACUCUGCUUAUGUGUGAGACUGGCAGAACCAGAAUGCUUUCUGGGUAUCUUGGCCAUCAACCAUUUGAGUUAGGGAAGGAACAUUGCUUAAACAGCUGUUUCCUACAACCACCAAGAAAGCCGUUAAAGUACUCUCUGUGCACUUU